AUGGGAAACAGUGGAUCGAAAUCUGUACGACAAUUAGGGCGAGAAGUUGGCAGAGAAGUCUCUUCUGGGUUGAAGAAGAACAUAAAAGAAGACUAUCUUAAGAAGGACGAUUCUAAGAAGAAGGACUAUAAGCUGGAUCAUCCUAAGAUCUUCACCAAAAGACCUGAAGAAGAUCCAGAAAUGGAUGAUGUGAAAAGAUCCAAGUUUUUCCAGGAAGCCAUUAAAAUGGGUAUAGUUAAGGUCGAAGAUAAGAAGGUAAAGAGACAGUAUGAUGGAAAUAAUGUAUCGUUAGAGUUGAUAAAGAAUCGAAAAGAGAUGGAGAAAGAGUACGAAGAUUUAAUGGUGUCUGAAGAAAAGAUUAAGUAUGAUAUACCUAAGAGAUUUCUCAGUAAGGAGCAGAUAGGAAGGAUUAAUAAACGAAGGAAGAAAGUGAGCAAUACGUUCGGAUUGAUUGAUGGUGGAGACUUGACUAAGUUGAUUAAGACGUUAAAAGUUGAAGGACAAGAGGCCUUUGAAGAAUUGGGGCAAGAAAAGGAGUCUUCGAAGGAGAGUUUGCAGUUACUUAAGUUAUUUAUAGAGCGGGGAUUGAUAGAUCUUCCAUCGAACAAGGUGACGUUGAUGAGAAAGGUGGAUGUGGAUGGGAAGAUCAGUAGGGAGAAGUUUGUAGUUGUAAAGGAUGACUGGGUUAAAGAGGCGAGGGGGAUAAGGGACCUGGAGGAGCCAAAGGAGCCAAAGGAGCCAGAGGAGCCAAAGGAGCCAGAGGACCAGGGGGAGCCAAAGAAGCCAGAGGAUCCAACUGACUUCAAGGACUUGAAGUAUCCAAAGGAGUCAGAGGAAAUCCUCGAUCAGUUCAAGAAGCUGGAAGAUCUGAUUAAAGAUGAGAAGCCCAAACCAAAGGACAAGCAAAACACACAUGAGAUGAAGAGAUAUCUUUAG